AACUCGACGUUUACUUUGAUGUUUUGGCUAAGGAGGCUGCCAUGAGGAAACAAAUAAUCUAAGCAGAAAAAAGGAGUAAUUCCUCUAUCGCACGAGUGGCUACGAAGGCAGUGUGUAUAUCCAGGAUGCGUGUCGUGGGGUUGGUGUCUGGUGGGAAGGACAGCUGCUAUAACCUCCUGCAGUGUGUUGCAGCUGGACAUCAGAUAGUAGCACUGGCCAAUCUAGCUCCUGGCCAUGGAGAUGAGUUGGACAGUUACAUGUACCAGAGUGUGGGACACAUGGGGGUAGCCAUGUAUGCAGAGGCUGUGGGUGUUCCACUGUACCGCCGCAUUAUACAAGGCUCCUCCAUCACCACCACCAAGACUUACAACCCAACGGAGGGGGAUGAAGUGGAGGAUCUCUACUUACUCUUGAAGGAAGUUCAGGAAAAAUGUUCAAUUGAAGCAGUGAGUGUUGGUGCGGUAUUGUCUGAUUACCAGAGAAUACGUGUAGAAAAUGUUUGUAGUAGACUAGGCCUCGUCUGUUUAGCAUACAUGUGGCGAAGAGACCAGUCGGAAUUAAUACGAGAGAUGGUGGAGUGUGGCAUAGAUGCUAUUAUCAUUAAGGUGGCUGCUAUUGGCCUUGAACCAAGAAAACACCUGGGAAAAUCUAUUAGUCAAAUGAUAACCUAUUUAGAAAAAAUGAAAGACAAAUACAGUUUAAAUGUAUGCGGUGAAGGAGGUGAAUAUGAAACCUUUACUUUGGACUGCCCAAUUUUUAGAAAACGGAUUGUUGUGAAAGAUACAGAGUUAGUGGAGACAUCAGGGGAUGUUGGUUAUCUUAAUUUUACGUCUUUAGAGCUUGUUGAUAAGGAAAUACCAGAAGAUGUGACCCAGAUGGAACUAGUAAGGGCAGCAGGUGUGAGAGAUUCUCAAGAGUUUUUGGGCGACCUGAAGCUACCAGAGGAAGAGCAACAAGCAGAAGAUCAAGCGAAGGAACUGAAUCUGGAAGAGGAUGACUUGUCUUCUACCAGCUAUCAGAAUUUUGAUGCUGGUCACAAUCCAGUAAUGCAAGUACCAGAUAACUUAAGUUACCGAGUUGUCCGUACCACAACUGGCUUUACUUUUGCUGGUAGUUUCGCCGGCAGUACGAUGGACGAUGUUAUUGCCAGCUUAAAAGAAAGUCUUCAAGAUGAGGAGAUGGAAUUGCAUCAUUUGAUCAGUGUGAAGAUGUACGUACAAGAUAUGAAUGAUUAUGUACAACUUAAUUCUCAAUACAUCAAACACUUCUCAGUCAGUCCUCCUGUUAGAGUUUGUGUAGAGGUCCCUCUCUCAACUAAUGUACAAGUACAACUAGAUGUUUCUGGAUGGAAGCAAAGCCAUGUAACAACUGACAAGGAGCCAGAGAAGAUACAUCCUACCUCACGAUCCACAAUGCAUGUUCAGGGCAUCUCACACUGGGCACCUGCUAACAUAGGACCAUAUAGCCAAGCUGUGAAGGUUGGAAGUGUAGUUGUGGUGGCUGGAAUGAUUGGCUUGGUGCCUGGCACUCUUCAAGUUGUAAAUGGUGGUGUUGAAGUGGAAGCACGACUUGCUCUGCGUCAUGUGUCAAGAGUCAUUUCAGCAAUUGCUCCGUCAACUGAUAUAAGAGCUGUAGUGCAGGGAGUGUGCUAUGUAACAAAACUUUCAGAUAUAGGAGUGGCCAGACGCAUGAUGGCUCGACUUAGUGAGUCACAGAUUUCGACCUAUGUUGUGGUGCCUGCUUUGCCAAGAGCUGCUCUGGUUGAGUGGCAGACAUGGGGCUGUGUAGAAAACGAUAAAUUUGAAUAUGAAGAAAAGGGCUAUACAAGAGGAAAUGUAAGUGUACGGUUAAGACGACGCUGGUACCAUGAUAACUCCAUGUGUGCAGUCAAUACCAAUGCUAGUUGUUUAUCUCCGGAGGACUUGAGUUGUGACAUGUUAGAAGAAAUUAUCCAGUAUACGAUUACCAGAGCUGAUGCCAGAAUGCCUAUGGGACUUACCUUUUAUUACCGCUGUGGAAGUAUAUCUCGGACGCUCCUUCAGCAGGCCAUUGUCCAGGCAGUCCCAGAGGGAGUGGCUACACUGUCGCUCGUACCUGUGUUGGCAGUUGAGGAUGCGCACACUUUGCUAACAGUCUCAGCCAUGCGUUACUGAUUUUGGAAUGUGAUAGGCUGCGGAAAUCUAUGGCUCGUAGAAGCCUGGCUACGAUUGGAGUUAUUUAUAGACAUAAUACAGUGUAAAAAUGUGUACAUGUCACCAGUGGUGAUGCUGCUGAUGAAAACAAUUCAUUUUUGAUGAGAUUUUCUGUCAAGUAUUUUUAGAAAUCAUAUGACCUGCAUUUGUAACUGCAUUGUCUGAAGGAUGUGUAACCACAGAGCAGAUUAUAUGUGCCAGAUCCGUUGUUCAUUGGUUGUGGUCAUGAGCCACGGUGACACUACACAUGUGAUCAAAUACCGUGGAAGAUUUGGAAGAUAACCUAAAUAGCGAUCUUUUGUAGUUGUUGACAAGUUUUAUUUAUUAUUUUAAAAUCUAGUCUGGAUUUCCAACAGCUGAUAAGUGCAAUUUAUGAAUAUUUUUCUUACAUUAACCUAUGAUUUGAAUGUUUUUGUGGGGCUCUUGAUAUUUUUACAGUUAAUUGCUCAAUGGUUUCAUAUGAUAAAUUCAGUGAUCCCCAUGGUUUAUCAAGCAAGAUUGCAUUGACUCUGUACAUAGAAUUGUGUGGGUGUUGUCCCAGGUUCUAUUUUGUCAUGGAUAAGUAGCAAGUGAUGCAAACGUUGAGCUCAGUGUACUAAAUUAGUGAUGGGUAUUGUACUUACCAGAUUUUUUUUAUUUUUUUUUUUUGCUAUUAGUGAUACAUGAGAAUGAGGUAGAAGUGAUUUUCAACUUUUAUUUUUUUUCUCUGUCUGCUUUUUCAGAAGGAAAUCUUGCCCUUUGUAUAUUGCUUCAGCCUAGCUACUUUUCAUCAAUUGAAAGAUAGACUAAUAUUCUGAGUUCAGUUUUGUUGAACUUACCUGCUAUGUGUCUGCAGUUGGGAUCAAUAUAAGGCAUGUGGAAUAGGAAAUGCUUUCUUUCUCUCUUCCAUUCUAUCUUUUCUUUUUGUCUCUUUUUUCCUUUUCUUUUUCUUUUGAAAGCUCAGGUCAUCAUGUCUUCAUAAUCAUUCCCAUCAUUACUGAAAUCAUCACUAUAAACAUUCAUGAAAUUUCACUGCCAUUAUUCAUACAAAAUCUGAAAUUCAAUUUUUAUGAAGCUUUUCAUAUGUGCAUUUUUAGUGAAACUGAAUGUAUAAUCUUUGAGAUGCCAAAUUAUAUAAUUAUAUCAAG